UGUGAAUUAUCAUCUCUCUAAGAACGUUGUGGCUGUUACUACACCCCAGAGUUAACCCUGGCCACAACAUGGCGCCCUUGUCUGUGUUAGUGGUCAGUCUUGUCCUGGCCGGAGUGGACAGCGCCUUGAACCGACCGUUUGAGAUCGUGUUGGAGAAUAACGAGUACAGGGGAGUGCUGGUGGCCAUCAGCCCCGCAGUGCCGGAGGACCCGCGGAUCGUGGCCAGGCUACAGGAGAUCCUGACAGAGACGUCCCAGGCCAUGUACGAUGCCACGGAAAGGCGCGCGUACCUCAAGAACAUCACGAUCCUGAUUCCCAAGUCGUGGACACCCCAGCCGGAGUACCGGACAGCCAGGACUGAGCUGUUCCAACGGGCAAACAUCAGGGUUGACCAGUUGAACCCCCUGUAUGGAGACAGUCCGUACGUUAAACAGAAGUCUGGUUGUGGGGAGGGCGGAGACUACAUCCACCUCACGCCAGAUUACGUCAUCAACAAGCAGUACGGGGAGGCAGUUUGGGGACCCUACGGUAAGACUAUGGUGCAUGAGUGGGGCCAUCUCCGCUGGGGCCUGUUUGAUGAGUACGGCAUGGACAGCCCCACGGGAGAGUCCUUCCCGUACUUCUACUCGUCCGUGUCGGACGGCGUGCAGGCGACCCGCUGCUCGGCACACCUGACCGGGACACACAUCAACAUGCUGACGGGCCGGCCGUGUCAGAUAGACCCUAACACCGGCUUACCGGAGCCUGCCUGCCGCUUCGCCCCACACCUCAACUCCAACAACCCCGCCACGGGAUCGUACAUGUUCAUGCAGUUCCUCGAGAAGGUGGCUUCGUUUUGCCAUAGUGACCCGUCCGGUGACCACACGUCCCUUCACAACCACGAGGCGCCUAACAAGCACAACGUCCAGUGUGGUGGCCGGAGCGCUUGGGACGUCAUGGCUGACCAUCCAGACUUCAGCCAUGGUGCCAACCCACCGAGACAGGUAGUGUCCACCCAGCCGGACUUCACACUCAUACAGGAGGUGGACAAACGGAUGGUCCUGGUGCUAGAUUCAUCUGGGAGCAUGAGGGGUGAACGAAUCCAGAAGCUGAACCAGGUGGCGCAACAUUUCAUCAGAAACACUGUAGCUGACGGCAGCUGGCUCGGUAUCGUGGACUUCUCCACCAGGGCGACCACGGCGCAUGCUCUGAUUCAGGUGUCAGAUGACUCGGCACGUGACCAGCUGGCGGCAGCCGUGCCCAACAGCACCCUGGGAUGGACGUGUAUCGGCUGUGGACUACUGGAGGGCAUACAGGUUCUCGAGGCCAAUGGACGUAACGCUGCAGGUGGAAUACUCCUGGUCAUCAGUGACGGCGAAGAGAACCAACACCCUAACAUCACAGAGGCCAUGCCGACCGUUCUGGACAAAGGUGUCAUCGUCGACACCAUAGCUUACAGUGACGCGGCUGACGCCAAUCUCGAGUCUCUCGCGGCUAGGACAGGCGGCAUGGCGUUCUUUUACCCAGAAGGAGACAACUCUACAGCCUUGAACGACGCCUUCACUGCAACAGUCGCUGCCAGGGCAUCUGAAGAGGACAACUCGCCUAUCCAGCUGAUAAGUGAGGCGUAUGCUCUGAGCCCAGGAGAGACCCACUCUAACCUGCUGUACAUGGACAGCAGUGUGGGGGCCAACACCACGUUCAACUUCCUCUGGCAGGACGGAACAGCACCGGAAGUGGCGAUUAAGGAUCCGGAUGGAAACGUCAUCAGCCAAGGAAUGCAACAGUAUCACGUGAUCUCCAGCAUGAAGACCGUCCAGAUUAGAGUCCCUGGCGUAGCGAAGGCCGGUAAGUGGCAUUACAACGUCACCAACGAUGGUCCUGAGGCACAGAAGAUCACCGUCGAGGUGACCUCCAGAGCCGUCUCCAUGGAUACGCCGCCCAUCACUGUAUCGGCACAGGUCGGCUCGUCUGACGUCAACUACACCGACACGGAGCCGACGUACCUGGCCGUGUACGCCUCCGUGAGCAGGGGGUACGUGCCGGUGCUGGGGGCCAGGGUGGAGGCUGUGGUGGUCAGACCGACCGGGGAUACCCAUCAGAUAACCCUGCUUGAUGACGGGACUGGUGCCGAUGUGACGAAGCACGAUGGGGUGUACUCGGGUUAUUUCCUGGCCUUCUCAGCGGACGGGCGCUACAGUGUGUCCGUGCGGGUGGACGACGGCAACGGGCAGGCGGAGAUCGUGGCCGUCUCCGGGCAGCUCGGUGGGACUGCAGGAGGGGCUCUGCCGAUAGACCCAGCUGCCAAUCUGAACGUGACCGUGGAGCGACAGAAGACCGACCAGUUCCAGCGUAUCACGCAAGGUGGCGUGUUUGCGCUGAAGGGCUACCCCCGGGUGAUCCCAGGAGGGGGCCUGUCUGACAUCACCCCUCCCUCCCGUAUAACCGACCUCAGGGUGACGUCAGUGUCGUUUGAAAACUCGACCGUGACUCUGAGUUGGACCGCUGUGGGCGAUGACUUCAAUGUGAAUGGUCCAGCUGCCAAGUACGAUCUGCGGUACAGUCGGAGCUUUCUCACCAGCUUCCCAGACGCGUCCAACGUGACAGCCGACAUGCUAGCACAAGGUGACCCGCUCUCUCCCCGACACCCUGGCCAGGUGGAGGCUUACGUCAUCAGGAUGCCAGAACGAGGCGAAAACGUGACGUAUGUCUUUGCUGUGCGUGCCUGUGACUCGGAUGGGAACUGUGCAGGUGAAUCUAACAAGGUCUCGGCUUCACUAGCCUACAUCCCUCCUCUCACCACCACAUCCCAACCGACAUCGGUCUCAAGCUCGGUUCCGAAGAUGACGUCACCGGGAAAAGAGGAAACCACGUCGACAACAUUCGACUCAUCGCCGAAGCCCGCGGGACAGUCGCAAGACACGACCACCACGUGGGUUAUUGUUGGCAGUGCCGUGGGUGGUGUUGCAGUGCUCGGAGCCGCUGUUUUCAUCCUGUACCGAGGUUUGGGCAAGGCGUCGAUAAGGAAGGUCGACAUCACCGCCAGCACCACGCACGGAGCCGCCGCCAGGCCACCUACCGCCGGCACAACUACACAGGCCACGGCAAACCCUGCCUUCCACCCUGAUGUGUAACAACGCUCGGGGAAUAUGAACUUUCAGUCCGACUUAAUCACGCCUCUAACAACCCCCCCCCUGAUUUUUUUUUUGGCACUGUACAAAUUCUUAAUUCUUUGCAAGACCACACCAACUUACUUUGUGGGUCAU